GCAGAACUGCGAGCGCUCUGUGGUACAAAGGACCCAUACCAGUCAGGCACGGCGCAGCGUUACCAUGAUCUUCUCCAUCCCACCGAUAGAUUCCCAUCCCGCCUGCAUCACUUUAACGACCAGCUUCCAGCAAGUCCGCAAGCCUGACCGACGCUGCCCGGCCGCAGAAUGCACGGGGGAAAAAGAGGACUGGUGGCACCACAGAACACUUUUUUGGAAAAUAUUGUUCGUCGCUCAAGUGAGACAAGCUUCUUGUUGGGCAACGCUCAAAUCGUGGAGUGGCCUAUAGUUUACAGUAAUGACGGAUUCUGCAAGCUGUCUGGAUACCACAGGGCAGAGGUCAUGCAGAAGAGCAGCACCUGCAGUUUCAUGUACGGCGAGCUGACAGACAAGAAGACAAUAGACAAAGUCAGACAGACCUUUGAUAACUAUGAGUCCAAUUGCUUUGAAGUGCUGCUCUAUAAGAAGAACAGAACCCCUGUGUGGCUCUACAUGCAGGUGGCCCCCAUCAGGAAUGAGAACGAUAAGGUGGUCCUGUUCCUCUGCACUUUCAAAGACAUCACUGUCUUCAAGCAGCCUAUUGAAGAUGAGACCACCAGAGGAUGGACCAAGUUUGCCAGGCUGACCAGGGCUUUAACCAAUAGCCGGAGCACACUUCAGCAGCUCACACCAAUGAACAAGACUGAAGUCAGCCAUAAGCAUUCACGACUGGCAGAGGCUCUUCAGCUGGGCUCGGACAUCCUCCCUCAAUAUAAGCAAGAGGCUCCUAAAACUCCACCUCACAUUAUAUUGCACUACUGCACCUUUAAGACCACUUGGGACUGGGUCAUCCUCAUCCUCACCUUCUACACGGCCAUCAUGGUGCCCUACAAUGUGUCUUUUAAGACCAAACAGAACAACCUGGUGUGGUUGGUACUGGACAGCGUGGUGGAUGUCAUCUUCCUUGUGGAUAUUGUGUUGAACUUUCAUACAACUUUUGUGGGACCUGGAGGAGAGGUCAUAUCUGACCCAAAGCUCAUACGCAUGAACUACUUGAAGACCUGGUUUGUCAUAGACCUGCUGUCUUGCCUGCCCUAUGACAUCAUUAAUGCCUUCGAAAAUGUGGAUGAGGAUCCCAUUGCAGACUCUUCUGCAGUGGGCCACUUGCCAGCUGCGGCCCACUCUCAACGCAACGGCACACGUGCGGAGGACUCAGUGUUGCCUGGUCUCAGCAGCCUCUUCAGCUCAUUGAAAGUGGUGCGUUUACUCCGUCUGGGUCGAGUGGCGCGCAAACUGGACCACUAUCUGGAAUACGGCGCUGCUGUGUUAGUUUUACUGGUGUGUGUCUUUGGCUUGGUGGCACAUUGGCUGGCUUGCAUCUGGUACAGCAUUGGUGAUUACGAGAUCAUCGAUGAGGGCACCAACAACCUCAAGAGGGAGAGCUGGCUUUAUCAGUUAGCUAUCAGCAUUGGGACACCAUACCGCUACAACGCCAGUGGCUCUGGCCAGUGGGAAGGCGGUCCCAGUAAACACACACUCUACAUUUCAUCUCUCUAUUUCACCAUGACAAGCCUCACCACCAUUGGCUUUGGGAACAUUGCACCUACUACAGACGGGGAGAAGAUCUUCUCCGUGGCCAUGAUGAUGGUGGGCUCUCUUCUGUACGCCACCAUCUUUGGAAACGUGACCACCAUCUUUCAGCAGAUGUAUACGAACACCAAUCGCUACCAUGAGAUGUUGAACAAUGUGAGAGACUUCCUGAAGCUCUAUCAGGUGCCUAAAGGACUGAGCGAGAGAGUGAUGGACUACAUUGUGUCCACAUGGGCCAUGACCAAAGGCAUAGACACAGAGAAGGUUCUGUCCAUCUGUCCUAAGGACAUGCGUGCAGACAUCUGUGUGCACCUCAACCGCCAGGUGUUCAACGAGCACCCUGCCUUCCGGCUGGCCAGUGACGGCUGUCUGCGCUCUUUGGCGGUGGAGUUCCAAACCACACACUGCGCUCCGGGAGAUCUCAUCUUCCACGCAGGGGAGAGCGUGGACACUCUUUGCUUUGUGGUUUCUGGAUCGCUGGAGGUCAUUCAGGAUGAUGAGGUUAUUGCCAUUUUAGGUAAGGGUGACGUGUUUGGUGAUGUGUUCUGGAAGGAAUCAACACUGGCUCAUGCCUGUGCUAACGUGAGGGCUUUGACAUACUGCGACCUGCAUGUCAUCCGGAGGGAUGCGUUACUCAAAGUGCUGGAGUUCUACACGGCCUUUGCCAACUCCUUCUCCCGAAACCUCAUCCUCACCUGCAACCUCCGCAAGCGGAUUGUUUUCCGUAAGAUUGUUGAUGUCAAGAAGGAGGAAGAGGAGAGGAGGCACCAGAAAAAUGAGGUGACGUUGUCAAUCCCUGUAGACCAUCCCGUCCGAAAGCUCUUCCAAAAGUUCAAGCAACAGAAAGAGAUGCGCACACAAGGUUCAUCCCAGCAUGACUUGGAGAGGAACCAGUUUCAGGUGGAACACCACCUUCAUCCACUCUCCCACCAGAUUCAUCAGCAGCAAUAUCAGCCCCAGUACCAGGGCCACCACCCUCUUCAACAUCAACACGUGGCUCCCAUGCAAAACGGGGCCCCUGGAUCAGGAAAUGGGAACAGUGGUUCUAGUGUUGUCACCGUUUCACAGAUAACCCCAAUUCAGAGCGCCCUAGCCUAUGUUCAGACUGAGGAAUCGAACAGAAGUGAAGGCCAUGAGGCUAUGGAGCUCAAACCCAGCUUUGGUGUAGAGGACUCACAUUGUCUGAAGGUAACAAGUCCAGUGAGACCAAGAGGAGGAAGAGGACGUGGCUGGAUGCGUUUUCAUAACAUUGCAUCAGGAUCAUCUCCUAUGCUUCCGCUGGAACUAGAGAAGCAGCCGCAGCAGAAGGAAGAGGAAUGGGGGGAUGUAGCCCAGCCGCUAAAUGUGAUAUCCGAAGAUCGAAAAAGCCAGGAAGCAGAGGGUGGGCGGUCUAGCGAAAGGGGUCCCGGUGGAAACAGUAACAGUAGUGAUGAGACUGAUGAGAAUAGUGCUCUACACAAGACUGAUUCUUGCGACAGCGGAAUCACAAAAAGUGACUUGCGUAUAGACCGGGUAGGUGAUUCACGGAGCCCAUACGAGAGAUGCUCAAUGGAAAGGAGCCCAUACGAACAGCCCAGUCCUGGAGUGGGCGACAUGACCCUUCAGGGUAUUCACUUUCCACCUGUCCCUGAACAGACUGUGCUUCAAAACACUCUGUACGAGGCAAAGCUGGAGCUAAAAGGUGACAUCCAGACAUUAAAUAGCCGGCUAGCAGCUCUGGAGGACCAGGUGGGGGAGAUUCUGAGACUUCUUUCUGAGAAGAGGAAACCUUCCCCACCUCCUCAGACCUCCUCGCCAAAAACCCCACUUCAGUGCCAGGACAUCUUUGCCGUUUCUCAGCCUGUCACUCCAGAAACGGAGGGGGACAAUGGACCUCUUUGAAUUAGGAUAAAUAUAUUUAGAUAUUGAUAUGCUGUUUUUAUCACUUCCCUUCCUCACACUCAGGAAGGAAAGGUGAAUAUUGAUGAUUAGAGGAAGGAUCCUUGCUGUUGUAAAUAUAUGCUUGCAUGUCCAGCUGGAUUCUGGCCUGCCAAUGAAAUCUUCUCUACAGAUAGUAGUUGCUUGUACACGUACAGAGUCGGCUGCAUGCGGAGAUGAUUUUAUUCUGACCUUGCACAUGGGAUCUUCUAACCAGGUGAUAUUUCAGGGCAUUUUCUCUUUGAAUGACAGCUUGAUGCCCUAGACGUGGAAUCUUGGGUUGCUGGAAGACAAAAUCAGGCUUGGUUUAAUGCCGCUAUUGGUCAUUCUUCAUAGUGGAAUGGCUAUUAAUAGCUAUAGUCAUUUAAAUUAGACAGUUAGUCAAAAAUUGACUGAUGUCGUUCCAAAUAUGUAUGACUUGCUUUCUUCUGUAGAGCCUAAAAGAAGAUAUUUUGAAGAAUGAGUUACCUGUUUUUGUUGGUAAUACAGUGAGAUCCAACAUACCGUUAGACCCUAUAAAAUUUCAUUGUAUGGACUAAAAACAGACAUUUUUCAAGAUUUUGUGUUUGACUCAAAGAAAAGUCAUACAGGUUUGAAACAACAUGCGGCUGAGUUAUUGAUGACAGGUCUUUGAUUUUUAGGUGAACAAUCCCUUUAGCACAGUUUUCUCAAAUACUAUUUCCCCCAGUAUGCAGUUCUCCUUUAUAAGCAUAAUGAUUGGAAGUUUGCAGGAUUGUUUGCCUAGGUGAUUUCUUGGAUGUGUUUAAGGCGAUAAUCCAAAAAACUAAACUCAUUUUUGAUAUUCAAAACACAUUUCAUUACCAACACUGUUCAAAUUCCAUUAUCAUUAUCGCCUUUUCUGUAUUUAUUUUGUGGAAAGUUAUGAUAGAUAAGAGAGGAAUGAGUUAGCCCAAUUUUUGAGGGGCUGUUUUACAUGUUUUAGAGAGAUAUAUCUGCAUGCUGGAUGGAUUUAGCUCUGGCAUGGUAGGACUAGGGACUAAUUGUUUUUCCCUUAUCAAUUAUGCAAACAUACAAAGUGCAAGUCUCAAAGGGGGUUGGGGGGUGGGGGGCUGCAUUUUGGGAAAGCAUGAACACAUUCAGGUCAUUUGGAAAUUAUACAAGCAUGCAUUGAAUUCUUUGCAUGGCAUCAACAUUGUGUGUUACAUAUGAAAGGUCAUGGAUUUCUAGUUAUGUUUCCCAAGAGAUAUCAAUGUAUGCUACCCACAUACAAUUUCAUUCCAGAUGCAUAUUUCAGAACCUUUAGAUUUUAAUCCAGUACCCACUGGAUUACAGCCACACUAAACUGCUUACUAAGGCAGUGAUAUUGAAUGAACCUUUCAGUUGGUCAUUUGAAAGUGCUGUGGGGAACUAAAUAUUGCAUUAUUAUAGCCACAGGCAGUGACUCACUAGGUAUCAGCAUACUCAUGGGUGCUUUAGACGGUUUAUAGUGUAAUGACUAAUGCCCCUUCACCUCUUAUUUCCCAUCAGUUCUAUUGUAUGUUAUUAGUCCAUUCUGGUGAUGUUCAUACCAAACACAAGGGAUGUUGAAUUGUGAAUAGGGUUCGGGUGAGAGACUAUUAAGAUUAAUAUAAGAACAACAGGAGUGUUGGCUGUUACUGCAUACAGAUCCUUUUACAUAAAAAUGUUCUAUCAUGAAGCAAUCCACAAAUAAGCAACAGUACAUAAAAGCAAUAGCUUUUAACAUAUCCCUUCCAUUAUUCUCCAGUUUGGUUUCCUCUUUGAUGAACACAUGCUCAUAACUGUAAGUGCUCAGAUAAUAAUAUUAGUUCACUACUAAUCGUUUGUUUUAAUCAUUAUUGCAGAUAUUAUGUUGUUAAUUGGGACCAAAGACUAAUCGCAUUAAAUCAGUGUCCUUCUCAAAUUCCCAGCCCCAUUGUUACCUGUCACCAGUGGAUGGUGACAAAACCUUAUUGGGUUUUCUGUUUUGCUACUUGAGCAAAAUAAACAUAAGAUAGAUGAGAGUUUCACUAAAUAAAUUGUUUAAAUGAAAUGAGAACAAAUACAUUUGAAAGAAUUGUCUUUGGCUAAACUAUCCCUUUAAAGUGGACUUCAACUUUUUUUAAAUUUAAAAAUAUAUAUAAUAAAUAGCAGUAAUAAUUUUUAUUCUUUUUCGUUCACUGGUGUCAUGCCUUGAGAUUUCAGUGUCCUGUGCUCCUUCAUUGUGUUUGAGUUAUUUUUUCCUGUCAUUCAGCCCAGCGGAGAGGAGCACAGACAGUGAAAGGGAUUAUUCUUUGAGUCUCCCAUGAAAUUGAAGAGAUGGAUAUAAUAGAUGCUAAAAGCUGUAAUAGUGUGGCAGACGACGUGUGUCCCUGUAAUGGAAUGGAGCUGACUCGCUGCGUGGACCCCAGGGUGCCUGUUUUGAGGAUUACACACAGAUUUGGGAAAGCUAUGAGGGUAUUGGGCUCCACUGGGUAUUGAAACUUUUCGGAGUGGGAAGGGUUUGAGAUGACGUGCCCGAUCCUGAGCACCACAAGCCCAGUGAGGCGUUGGGAGUCUGGCAUCUGACUGCAUGCUGCAUUUUUGAACUGUAUAAAACUUAAUGCCAAUGAGAAUGAUAUUUGCCUGCCAAAGCAGUGUUUAGCUGCGACUUUUCGUGCACACACACAAAACGGGCAGAGGCCUGGGCACUAAAUCACUAAAAACUCAUCACAAAACACAGUGUUGAAGACAUUACAUGUGUAUACAGCAAAUGCCUAUUAGCAUAUGCUGGUCAUUGCACCACAGUCAGCAAACAUAGCAACUGACAUUAAAUUGACAUUUAUUAUUUCUUCAGUUUUUAUACCGUAGACAAGUAGUUUAUUUAAUAACACAUAAGAAUAGUUUUUCUCAUAGAAAAUAUUAGCUGUUGUGCCUUUUCAAAGGAUUCAUACUGUUUAAAAUUUUCUUCACAAAGGAAAUAUUUUGGCUUUUUUGACACUAACCAUUUUAAGUAAGUAUAUUAAGAAGUAUAUUAAUUUUGCCCUAGUAUGUAUUCCUACUCAAGCUCUGUCAGGUUGCAUAAGUGUCUUGAGAAAAAGGACCUUUAUAAAGUGCACCCAUAAAUUCUGAGUUGGACAAAAAAAUCUGGAUUUGUUAAAGGGAUAGUUCACCCAAAACUUCUUGUUUCGGUCAGUUCUGUCAGAAUGUUGGUAACCAACUGUGUCAGAUAUGUUUCUUUGUAUUUUGGUUCUUUCUUUCUCAUUGAUUUAGUUUCUCAGUCAGUUUGAUUCAUUCAUUCUGUAUACAUUACUGUAUUAAUUAGCUCAUUAGUUUCUUAAUUUUUAUUAUUAUUUAUUUAUUUAUUUUCUCUUUUUUUUGGUCAGUUUCCUUUUUCUGGUGUAGUCCAUGUUACGGCCUAUUUUGGAACAUUAUCUUCGGUCACACUUUAUUUUAAGGUUCAGUUCUCACCAUUAGCAAACUUUUGCUAUACUACACUUCUAUUUUGCUGCUUGUUUAGGUAUUAGGUAGGAUAUUAAAUAUGUUCAUUCAGAAUGUGUGCUUUAAAAGUACUAAUAAACAGCCAAUAUAUUGACAGUACUGUAACAAUGCUAAUAACAUCUAGUUAAUAGUGAGAAUUGGUUCUUAUACUAAAGUGUUACCUUAUUUUCUUCGCCAAUCUUGUCUCUGUGUGACACCGGUCAACUAUUUGGUUACUACCAUUUUUUUUAAAUAUCUGCUUUUGUGUUCAUCAGCAGAAAGAAACUCAGGCAUGUUUGAAACAAGUAUAAAUGACAGAAUGUUCAUUUUUGGGAACUAUCCCUGUAAUAAGCGUUGUCUUUUUGCUUAACAUUGUCAUCUUGCUUGAAAACAGAUUCUUCGGGGCUUCUAUGUUUUCCUGCAUUUAUUUUUACGCUUUGCCCUGCUAGGGAAAGAAGCAUCCCCACAACAAGAUAGUGUGUUUCAGAUCAUGUGACAUUGGCUUACAACAAGCAUGGCGUUUAAUCUACUGUCCAAGCUCAAUUUUCAUCUCAUCAGACAAACAAAUCUUCUCCCAGCUGGCUUUAAUGUUUCCCACAUGUCUUCUAGUAAAGUGCCGACGAGAUGUCAUAUGCCAUUUUCUAACAGAGGCUUCUCUCUGUCACUCUCCCAUAAAGCUGUGUCUGCAAAGCAUUUCCAUUUCUUAAUUACUGGUUUAACUCCAAGAGAUAUUCAGUGGCGCAUCCAUCUCCUGGCUUGUGCUUUUCUAUUACUCUUUUCAGAGUUGCUUGGAGUGUUAGUUUUUCCUCAUGGUUUAUGUUCUGCCGCAGUUCUGACUCACCAAAACUUGGACCUCGCAGAUAGAAGUAUUUAUAGUCAUCGAAGUAUGCUCACAAGUCCAUUUAACUAUUCAUUUAACGUUAAGUAUUUAUGACUACAAACCAUUUGGCUGCACCAAUAGUGGUAUUGGUGAGUCACAUGCAAGGAUGAAAACUGAUUAUAUUCAUAAUCACUUCUUAGAGUGUUUUCUCUUUUGAAAUUAAAGUCUCUUUAAUGAUCAGUGUCAAAAAGCCAAGUAAAGUCCUAUGUGAUUCAGUGCUGUUCAACAAUGGAACAUGAAAAAAGAUAGUAUAUAGGAACUGUAAAGGUGAAGAUUAGGCAUUCACCUCAAAAUUGUCACAAGAACCUUGUUUAUGAAUGAAAAGGUGGUUGAGGUUUAAAUUCAUUUUUAACUGGACAGAUAUUGGUGUCAGAUAAGCCGUCAAUUCAAGCUGAUCUGCGGUUCAUUCUUUCUUUCAGACCUGCAUGUUUCAGACGUCAGCAGAAUUUCAUUGCUCUCAUCUGCUCUCAUAGCUAAAGUGCUGCCCAGGCUCCUCUUAACCCUUUUGGAAGCAGUGACCACUGAGUUUAUUAAGCUCCUUUUCCACUGUAAAUGAGACUGCCUUUUUAUCAGUGUAAAAAAUAUUAUAAUAUUUCUGAGGGAGGUGCGGGGAAAAGUGUUUAUUUUUACCACACUGGCAUGAAUAUUAAGAAUUUGUUAUAUACAGUGUAAUACACUGAUGUUAUAAAAUAAAAAUUUAA